AUGAACAGAGAUGAUCUACUCACACUCUAUAACAGGGGAAUGCUCAGUACAGAUGCAAAGAGGAAGGCUGCUUUUAAAGAGUUUUUUAACUAUGUUCAUCCCGUUCCUUUGCUCUUGGGCAAUGAUGAAAAUGACAAAGAAUGUUUUGCUCAGGAACAGGACUUUAAGUAUUUUGGGGUAAAUAAAGUUUUUGCUCCCCUGAUUGAGGACCUCAAAAUUCUGGAGCAGAGAGGUGUAGUCACAUCUGAUGGCAUUGUUCUAAAGGGCUCUUUGGUUGCCAUUGCAGGAGACAACCUGGGAUCCCAUUCUAUUGGGGGAUUCUUGGAGAACCUCAGUCGAGGCAGUAUGAGCAGGAAGGAAAGUGAGGAUACAGGAUACGUGAGGAGAGAUGCCAAGGAGGCAGUGUUGUCAUACUUGCCUGAUCUCCCUGAUGACCUUCUUACCACCAUGCUGGAUGAGCUUGGGGUCGAGUCUAUUGAAGAUCUGACCUUGGUGGAGGAGAGGGAUCUGGUGAAAUACCUCAAACCUAUCCAAAGUCGGAAGUUAUUGAAGGGCAUCAAGGACGGACUUGUUACUCUUAAUAUGGAGUUGGUCUCUGCUCCUGAUCCAAGUGCUCCAAGUUCCCUAACUCCAUGUCCUCCAAACACAACAUUCCAGCAUCCAAAUCAGCUGUUGCCCAGCCCUCCAAGCACUGCCCCAAGCACGUCAAGCGCUUUACACUCUGGCGUACCAUGGCAUGUUGACUUUCGUCUCAACUGGGACCAGGUGUCACCAGCCAUUCGACUUAGAGUGGAAAAAGAAGAAAGACCAUUGCCAGACGAGAGAAAGGCUCUUGUGGUCGUGCUCGUGGACCAAAUGAUGCAGCACGACCGCAACCCAACCAGAGCCAUGUGCCACAACGUUGUGAGAAACAUUGUCAGGAGCCAUCCAAAAUCAUUUGGCGACAUUGGCAAGUACGGUGAUACUGCUGGAGACGGAUGUCACUCUCUUCUGCAACAAGUAAAAACGAGAGUGGAGUACAAAAAUAGGAAUAAAACUCUUGCUCAACGCCGCAGAGAAAGUAGACCGCGCACGGGAAUGGCAGGAGAGGCCAGACUGGCAAGAGGUCCUGUUGACCAAUACGGGUGUGUCAGGUGGGGCCCAGCAGAUUUGCCAGAGGGGGAGACCGAGGCAACGUUGGAGAAUAUAAAGAGGGAUCUGCUGAACAUCUACUCAGGCAUGCCAUCUAUUGUCUUUUGGGAGGAAGGAAUGAGUGGGGCAGAGAGAGCAGAACCAAUGAUGGAAAAGACAUACGUCAUCCUGCGGAAAUACCUUAACAAAGUGCCUGCUGCAGCGAUGUCUGAGAUCAAACACGAAUGGCCAUUUCUCUUCUCUCAGAAAUGCCUAUUCUCGCACUUUGGCCUCCUGACGGACGUCGAUGUCCUUCAGAAGCUACAGGAGGCAAUUAGUCGACGAGGACAGACCAUCCUGGAUUACUGUGCAACACUGGACAACCCCAAGAUCCGUGAUGUUCUGGCCUGCUAUGAUCCAGACUCUGACAAGGCUGCCUGCAUUCUGUUGCUCCUAAUGUUGUACUUCAAAGAGCCGAAAGAGAGUUUGAUGCUUGAAGUUGAUCCAUGUGCCACUGCUGUGGACGUCAAUACUGCAGAACUCCCCGGAACCCCCUGCUUGAUCAUUCAAGGUGUCAUGAUGAAGCCCUCUGGAUGGCUUAUAUCCAUCGAAGGACAUGUCGUGAUGGGCCCACACCCUUUCUUUUUACACGGAGUAGCUUCUUUCUUCAGCAGCUAUUACGUAUUCAACCUUGAGUAUCCUGCCGCUGGAUCUUCGACACUGGAGUUCAUUCAAAGAUGCUUCCUGGGCAUCAAUCCUGAAAGAGGCUCAAAGACCAAGAAGCGGACAACAAUGAACCCUCAUGUGAGCACCCUUUUGAGGAAACUUAUUGACUUUGAGUGGGCAUCAUAGUUUUUUUUUUUUUUUGCAGCGGUAGUUGUCAGGCUCAGUUUUGAGUAGCCUUGUUCUUUUUGUAAUUUUUCAAGACAACUUUGCACUACAAGA